CGGAAACGAAAGCAUCCCAACCUCCGCACCACCGCACCUCGGCGAGACGGCGACCAUCUCCCUCAUGCCGUCGUCGUCGCCGGCGAUGGCAUCCCAGCCACCGCCGACGCCUCCGGCUCAGGAGCUCGACCUCGACGCCUUCCUCCCGUCGUCUCCCGCCUCCUCCUCAGCCUCCGACGCCGACGCCGAUCACCGCCGCGCCGUCGACGACCUGCUCCUCCUCCUCUCCUCGUCCGACUCCGACUCCGACGACGAGCCGACCCGUAAGCCCACCACCAACCUCAAACCCCUAACCCGUACCAAAGCCCCACCGCCGCCCCCUAAACCUUCUUCCCCAUCCCCUCCCGCGUCUGCCUCCGCCUCCGCUUCACCCGGGAGAUCCACAUCCGCAUCGCCGUCGGCGACGCUCUCCUCCCUCGUCUCGAGAACCUUCUCGAGCAACGCAGCUUCCUCUUCCACCUCCUCGGCGAGGCCACUCCCCUCGCUCUUCCGCGGUGUCCGCCCCAGCCCCAAGCCCGGCGCCGCCCUGGCCGCGGCGGCAGCCGCGUCCCGCGCCGUUCUCACCCCGCACGCCGCUGCAAUUAAGUCCCGGCGCACCGCCUCCGCGCCCAUCGGGAAGCUCCUCGACGAGGGCUCCAGCUCCGAAGCCUCCGAGGGGAUCCUUUCCACUGGAAAUUUCGAAGCAGAGGAAGUAGCUGAGAAGGUCAGCGAGGAAGUGGUUGCUAGGGUGACCGAGGAAGCUGUCGGUGGGAGUGGGGAUGAAGAAUUGGAAGAGUACAAGCAUGGGGAAGUGGGGACUGAAGAGAAUUCCGAGCCCUCCGAAUUGGUGGACCUAGGCAAUGUCGAUUCUGUUGCUGUGGAAAAUCUCAACGAGCAGGAGCAACUUGGGGGCGAGAAUUUGGCAGAAGCAGAUCAAGUUGGGAGUCAAAUUGGGCUUGUUGAUGAAGAAAAUAGUGAUGAGGAAAUUACUGAUGGAAAUUUAGUGGAAUCUGGUGAGAUUGUGGAUCAAGAUGGGUCAGUAUCCGAGGAAAAGACUGAUGAUGGACUGGAAGUUGAACGUUCUGACACUGAUUUGGAAGAGCAACUGGAAUCUGAGAGCAUCAUUGAUAAGGUGAUCGAAGAGAGGUUGGAGAUCACCAGGAUGGCUGAAAAAAAUGCAGAGAAAAGACCGAAGGUACCGAUGAAACCAUUGGAGCGGGCUGAGGAGCUUGAGAAGAGGCAGGCCUCAUUUGGGCAACACUGGGAGGAGGGAGCAGCAGCACAACCCAUGCACCUGGAGGGGAUUGGGAAGGGGCAACCAGCUAUUGGUUACAUGCAGAUUGAGGUGGACAACCCAAUAACUCGUGCCAUGGCAUCUCCGUCUUUUAGACAGGACCAUGGCUCUCCUCAGGUCUUAGCAGUACAUAGGAGCUAUAUUGCCAUGGGCAUGUCCACUGGAUCUGUUAUCAUCAUCCCAAGCAAAUACUCCAUCCAUCAAGCUGAUGAUACAGAUGCAAAGAUGCUGUUCUUUUGGAACCAAGGUGAGAAAACCCAAUCACCAGUGACUGCCAUGUGCUUUAACCCGCAAGGGGAUCUUCUGCUAGUAGGGUACGGCGAUGGUCAUAUGACAAUUUGGGAUGUACAGAAGGCUACUGCAGCAAAAGUCAUACAUGGUGAGCAUACAGGAGCUGUAGUGCAUGUUUGUUUUAUCCGCCAAUCUAAAGCCAUCACUGGUGAUUCAAAAGGGCUUGUUCUUCUGCACACAUUCUCUAUUAUCCCCGUCAUUAAUCGCUUGACUAUCAAGGGAACUCAGCGCCUUUUUGAUGGAAACACUGGAAUCGUGCUCUCAGCCUGUCCUCUUCUAGCAGAUGAAUCCUUCGGUUCUGGCAACUCAUCUACGCAGGGCAACCUACCAACUUCCUCCAGUGGUGGUCUUGGGAGCAUGAUGGGAGGUGUAGUUGGAGUAGAUUCUGGAUGGAAGUUUUUCAAUGAAGGUUCUUCUCCAUUGGAGGAUGGUGUUACAGUCAUGUUCAUUAUGCAUCAACAUGCUCUUGUGGUUAGACUCCGUACCAACAUUGACCACGUUGACCAUAUUGAGACCUUUUCUAGACCGGAAGGAGCACGCGAAGGGUCAAUUGCUUAUGCUGCAUGGAAAUACACAUCGUCCUCCACAGAUUCAUCAUCAAUUGAUGAAGAGCGAGUAUCUUGGCUUGCGCUUGCAUGGGACCGUCAAGUACAAGUUGCAAAAUUUGUUAAAUCAAAGAUGAUCAAACAUAAGGACUGGAAGCUUGAUAGUGCCGCUGUUGGCGUUGCCUGGUUAAAUGAUCAGAUGUUAGCUGUCCUUAACUUAAAAGGGCAGCUCUGUUUGUUCUCAAAAGAUGGCAGUGAGCUUCGGAGGACUAUCUUUAUUCUUGAUGGUUUUGUCUUUGAUGACAGCAUACUGUACCAUACACAUUUUUCUAACAGGUUUGGCAAUCCUGAGAGGCAUUUUAACAACUCAGUAGCAGUAAGAGGUGCUACAGUAUAUAUUCUUGGCCCAAGCUUUCUUACAGUUUCGCGACUUCUUCCAUGGAAAGAGCGGAUUGAAGCACUAAAGAGGGCUGGUGAUUGGAUGGGUGCACUGGACAUGGCAAUGAAGCUUUAUGACGGUCACACACAGGGUGUUGUUGAUCUUCCGAGAGCAGUUGAUUCUAUAAGGGAAGCCAUAAUGCCGUAUUUAGUAGAGUUGCUGCUGUCAUAUAUAGGUUAUGUCUUUGAAUAUAUUUCAAUUGCAUUGUCAAAUCAUGCUGGAAAGGGGGGAGCAGCAGAUGGCCUGAUAGAUGCCGAUAGAUCCCUGCUGACACAGAGAGAAGAACAAUAUGCUCGUGUAGGAGGGGUUGCUGUCGAGUUUUGUGUUCACAUUGGGCGGAAUGACAUCCUGUUUGAUACAGUCUUCUCUAAGUUUGUUGCUGCUCAAAGUGGAGGUAUAUUUCUGGAGGUACUAGAGCCAUAUAUAUUGAAAGAUAUGCUGGGUUCUUUACCCCCUGAGAUCAUGCAAGCUCUAGUAGAGCAUUAUAGUGGCAAAGGAUGGUUGCAGCGAGUCGAACAAUGCAUUCUUCAUAUGGAUAUUUCAUCACUGGACUUUAAUCAGGUAGUCAGACUGUGUCGUGAGCAUGGGUUAUAUGGUGCUCUAAUUUAUUUAUUUAACCAAGGGUUGAAUGAUUUCCGUACACCUCUAGAGGAACUUCUAUCUGUCAUCCAGAGUGCUACUCGAAAAGAUGCUACUUCUACUUGCUACAGAAUGCUUGUUUAUCUGAAGUAUUGCUUCCAGGGCCUAGCAUUUCCUCCAGGGCAUGGAACAAUUCCCCGAGCCCAGCUUCAUGCAGUGAGAAAAGAACUUCUGCAAUUCAUGCUCGAGGACUCUAAAUUGCUCACUUCUGAAGUAUUUAAGGGUUUUAGUUCUUCUGGAAAAUGCCCAAACAUAUGCUAUCUUCUAUGGAUGGAUACGGAAGCUACUUUGGAAGUUGUCAAGUGUGCUUUUGCACAAGAGAAUUUUGAACCUACUUCUAGUACUCUUGAUGCAUCUGUAUCUAAGGAUAAAGAAGAUACUGAUAUUCAAAGCCCAGAUAGUCAAAUUAUUUUGUUACAAAGUGUAGUUGACACCAUCAUUCAUAUUGUUGGUUUAGAAAAUGAGGUGAUCCAUUCCGUUGUUGUGGGUACUGCUGAGUCAGAAGAAUCGGAACUUUGGCCUUCAGUUAAUGACUUUGGUCAUAUAAUUGAAUUUGUGUCCUUUUUUGUUUCCCAUAAAAGGGCAAACGCAUCUCAAAGAGUUCUCAAGCACAUUCUUAAAUACCUCACGUCAUCCCCUACAUCAUAUGAUGAUAAAAAGAUGCCACCUCAGAAAGAAGUUCUUCAGCUCUUCAACGUGGUUCCUCAAACUGACUGGAAUUCUGAUUAUGUGUUGAAUCUUUGUUUAGAUGCCCAUUUUCAUCAGGCUUGUGGCAUGAUAUAUACAGCCAGAAAUCAAAAUUUGGCUGCCUUAGAUAGUUACAUGAAGGAUACAAUGGAACCAUACCAUGCAUUUAUCUUCAUCAACAAAAAGUUACUUCAAUUGGCGAGUGAUGAAGCUUUGUCGUUUCGUUCCACAGUAAUAUCUCGUUUUGCUGAGCUAGUCAAUCUAAGCAGGGAGUGUGCAUUUGUCUUGGUCAUUGAUCAUUUUCACGAUGAGAUCCAGCAAAUAUUGGCGGAGCUUCGUUCUGAUCACCACAGCCAUAGCCUUUUUCUUUUCUUGAAAACUGCAAUCGAAGUACACUUGUCAGGAAAACUUGACUUCAGUGAACUUACUGCCAGAAACUAUGAAAUUGUUGAAAGUCUGUACUCUGGCGAACUCGAAGAUUAUCUUCAGAGAUUAUCAAAUCUCCCAAAGUUGUUUGAUCGCAAUCCUAUUUCUAUGACUGAUAAGUUAGUUGAACUCUAUCUGGAGCUUCUGUGUCGGUAUGAACCAAGGUCAGUCUUGAAGUUUCUGGAGACUUUCGAUAGCUACAGAUUGGAGAGGUGUUUGCUCCUUUGCCUAGAUUAUGGAGUUACAGAUGCUGCUGCAUUUCUGCAAGAGAGGGUUGGUGAUGUUACGAGUGCGUUGGAACUUGUUCUAGCUGGACUAGAUGAGAAAGUUAACCAGUUUAUCGCUUCGGUGGAAAAUGCGUUCUCUCGGACAUCGUCAAAGAGUAUCUCUCAAAUUGAGCAAGCAGACAUUGUUCUAAACAUGAGCGAGGCUCGUCCUGUGCUUGAUGUGUUACGUUCCUCCAUUGGAUUGUGCCAAAGGAAUUCACAGCGUUUAGAUCCAGAGGAGUCUCAGUCACUUUGGUUUCAACUGGUUGACUCUUUCUCAGAUCCACUGAAAAAGUUGUAUGGAAGCAAGGUUGUAAAUGGAAAAGGUUAUUGGUCCGAGGGUGGUGAAACGACAAAUGGGCAUCGUACAGGCAAAGUAUUCUCACAACAAAUGGUGAAUUCAGCUUAUCAAAGGUGUUUGAAUACUCUGCGGAGAGUUUUCUCACAAUUUGUUGGAGAGAUAAUUGAGGCAAUGGCUGGGUAUAUACCCCUACCAGCAAUUAUGGCAAAGCUAUUAUCUGACAAUGGGAGUCAAGAGUUUGGUGAUUUUAAACUUGUCAUACAUAGAAUGCUCUCUAUGUAUCUCUAUGAAAAAAGAAUACUGGAAACAGCCAAGUCAGUUAUCGAGGAUGAUUCGUUCUAUACGUUGAGCUUAUUAAAGAGAGGGGUUUGUCAUGGAUUUGCUCCACAGACAUUUGUCUGUUGUGUAUGCAACUGCUCACUUUCUAAAGAAGGUGCUAUUUCAGCAAUUCGAGUAUUCAGUUGUGGACAUGCAACACAUCUUCAUUGUGAGUCUGAACAAAGCAAAUCAUCCAAUAGGGAUUUUAAAGAUGGAUGUCCAGUUUGUCUCUCAACGAGUGACACACAAGCCCGGAACAAAUCACCUAUAAUAGCUGAGAAUGGGCUACCCAAGUAUCCCGUUGUUGAACAUGAAGUACCAUAUGGCGCCCAUCAUAAUCACGAGACAGAUCAUGUCGAGAGAUCUCGUGGGCUUCAGCAGAUGUCACGGUUUGAAAUACUGAGUAAUCUCCAGAAAGGUCAGAAGUCUUUUCAUGUUGAAACUGUACCCCCGUUGAAACUUUCUCCGCCAGCCAUAUAUCAUGAAAAGAUACAAAAGAGAGUAAGUUUGGUGGGAGAAUCCAGCAGACAUUCAGUUAGAAGUGAAAAACCACAGAGAAUAUGGCACAUGAAGGAGCCAAAAUCAAAGAAAUCAGGGAAUUGGCUUCCACCAAAGUCAAGCAUAUUCAGUUCUGACAAGAAUCAAGUGCGGUAGACUACUGAUUGUAUGCCAGACUAUUUGCCACUACGGCUGUCGAAGCUUCAACCAAUCUGAUGUGCUCGAGCUGCACAGGAUUCUCCUGUGUGAUGUGUCCUUGGACUAGCAUGGUUCUUCUCUCCUGAGACAAUGU